GUGCCUUCGAGGAAACCGGAAGCCCAUGGUGACCCCUGGCGACCCGGUUUGUUUUCCGUCCGUUUCCAAACACUGGGGAAUCGAAACUCGGCGGCCCAGGGGGCGGCCCUACGUAACCUGUCUUCGGGCUGUCAUGGAUGCACUGGUAGAAGAUGAUAUCUGCAUUCUGAAUCAUGAAAAAGCACACAGGAGAGACACAGUGACUCCAAUCUCAAUAUAUUCAGGAGAUGAGUCUGUUGCUUCACAUUUUGCCCUUGUCACUGCAUAUGAAGACAUCAAAAAACGACUUAAGGAUUCAGAGAAAGAGAACUCAUUCUUAAAGAAAAGAAUAAGAUUUUUGGAAGAAAAGCUUAUAGGAGCUCGAUUAGAUGAAGAAACAAAUUCUGUGGGACGUGAACAAGUAAAUAAGGCCUAUCAUGCAUAUCGAGAGGUUUGCAUUGAUAGAGAUAAUUUGAAAAGCAAAUUGGAUAAAAUGAAUAAAGACAACUCUGAAUCUUUGAAAAUGCUGAAUGAACAGCUACAAUCUAAAGAAGUAGAACUGCUCCAGCUAAGGACAGAGGUGGAGACUCAGCAGGUGAUAAGGAAUUUAAAUCCACCUUCAUCAAACUGGGAGGUGGAAAAGUUGAGCUGUGACCUGAAGAUCCAUGGUUUGGAACAAGAGCUGGAACUGAUGAGGAAAGAAUGUAAUGACCUCAAAAUACAGCUACAGAAAGCCAAACAAAUGGAUCCAUCUCAGGAAGACAAUCUGAAGAGCAGUGAUCUCCAAAGACUGAGCAUUUCAAGUUCUUCCGUUGAUGCCUUCAAGUUUCAUCUAACUUUACAGCAAGGAAGUUAUUCCAACAGUGGGUCUAGUGAUAAUAUGCAAAAUGCAUACUGGGAACUGAAGAGAGAAAUGUCUAAUUUACAUUUGGUGACUCAAGUACAAGCUGAACUACUAAGAAAACUGAAAACCCCAACUACAAUCAAGAAAGCCUGUGCCCCAGUAGGAUGCAUGGAAGACCUUGGGAAAGACAGCACAAAACUGCACUUGGCGAAUUUUACUGCAACAUACAAAAGACAUUCCCCCCUCUCACCGAACGGCAAAAGUGUUUGCCAUACCACAUCUUCCCCUUUACCAGGAGAUAUAAAGGUUUUAUCAGAGAAAGCAAUUCUCCAAUCAUGGACAGAUAAUGAGCGAUCCGUUCUUCAUGAUGGUCCUAACUUUCAGGAACACAGCUCUUAUGGCAGAAAUUCUCUGGAAGGUAAUUCUUGGGUAUUCCCAAGCCCUCCUAAAUCAAGUGAGACAGCAUUUGGGGAAACUAAAAAUAAAACUUUGCCUUUACCCAACCUGCCACCACUGCAUUACUUGGAUCAACAUAAUCAAAACUGUCUUUUUAAGAAUUAAUUCUGAAGAGAUUCAUGAUUUGGUCAUGAGGUUAUUGUAUCUCCCUCAGUGGCACUCUCAAGAAAUUAUUUAACAAACUGAAAGCAGAUUUUGAUUAAACUUUGCAAAGUUCUUCGGUAUAUACGUUUGCACAUACUGUUCCACAUUAUGUAGUUGAUUUUCCAAUGUGAAAGAGCACCGUCCAGCUUCACGUUCUGGCUAAGAAUCAGACAUACGCUACUUACUAAUAAAUAAGCUUAAGGCGUUUUAAAGAGACAAUUUUACCUUUGAUAGUAAUUGUAAAUAACAGCCUCACAUAAAGAAUGGAAUUAAAAUUUCUUGGACAUGGUUUUAUAAAGCAUGUGAAAUGCCUAAGUAUCCAUUCGUAAAAAUAAGAAGCCAUUAAUAUGAGACAAAUUAGAAGUUGCUUUAAGUUGCAAAAAAGAGCAAAUGGCAAAAUGAGUAAGUUAUGUUUCUGUUGACCUACUGAAUAAAGACAAAAAGUGUUUAUUAAAUAAUAGCAUCUCUUACAGGUUAUUCCAUCUCCGUAUGCUAUUAUGUUUUCAAAGUUUAAGACUUUUUUUAAUCACAGUGUUAAGACUUGAAAUAACCUGAUCAUCAAAGCCAACCUUGUCCUAUACAUUCCUCAAAUCCUAACUGAAAAGUGAAAAUGUGUGUGAACUAUUAUAAUUCUAUAGUAUUCAAUGAGAAGCAGAAAGAGCACCACAAAGGUUUUAGUCUAAAUCUGUGCCAUCAGUGGUCCAUAAUGAAAAUCUAAGUAUGUAACUGGAUAAAGUCAUUUUCAUCAGGGUCUGUACCUGAUGGUUAUGUAGAGCAACUUAUAAAUUGUUAGUUUAUUUGAAAUGUAACAUUGUACUCAUUGAGAUAGUGAUUUUUCAUUAACCAAAUUAGGAAUUGUAAUUCUAUAAACCAAAUUCUGUGCUGUAUUGAUCUAGUACAAUCAUGAAAUGUCCCCAGACUUUUUGAUUCUAAGUGGUCUAUCAUUUAUAAACAAGCAUAUAACAAGGAUGGCUUCACACAAAUCUAUCUAAAUUCUUACAGGACGGUGGUAUUAACAUAUUAGUAAUAUAAUAUAUUAGUUGGCUUAUACAUCUUUUUCCUGAGAUAAAGUGUUUCAUGUAGGAGGCCUUUAUCCUUUUUGAUAGACAGUUUCAAAUAUCUUGAACUCAAAAGAGUAUCUCAGAUCUCUUCUAUAUUAACUGAAUAGCAUACAUACAUAAACAGUGUUCACCGUUCACCAGAUAUUUCUGUCUUUCUAUUAUCUUACUCACUUAUUCAGGCUUGUCUGUGAUUAAUGGAAUUGGUGUCAGAUGCUGGAAUUUAUUCUGACCAAUGAACACAGCUGACUCCAGGGAGUACAAUCUCCUGCCAAGUAAUAGAACAAAACCCAAUAUGCAUAAAACAAAUACAAGACUCCAGGCUUUAGCUAAAGGAAGCAACUACCUGUGUAAUAACAAAGCAGCAGAAACUAUUUCUCAUGUGGCUGCAUAGACUAUAUAUUCUAUCUAAUCUCUAAUGUAGCUUACUGGUUUGUCUUUUUUUAAACCAAGGUUGGAAACUUUUCUUUGUAAAGGAGUAGUAUGAGAUAAUGGCUUGAUUAAUGUUUUGAACAAUGCCAAGAAAUUGUUUAAUUAAAAUAAAUUAUUUUUGUUUGAAAUUGAAGC